AUGCAGCUCCUUCGUCAGAAACUUGCCUUCAUGAUUGACGAUUGCAGCACAAUUCUGGGUGAGUUUUCCUGCACCGUCAAUAAAAAGGACGAAUCGACACUUUCAAGCCUCGUACAAAAGAAUGACGAAGUCCUCAAAUCCCUCGAGAAGUAUGAACAGCUAAUGCAGGAUCUCCAGUGUUCGGAUGCUGAGCAGCUGCAGUCCCAGCGGACGAUGGGGCCAGCGGCAGGGCAUGCAGUGACUGCCGGAGGCUCUUCGCAAUCGUCAUCGUCAGCAGUACCAGUAACAGCCUCCUUCACGAGCUCAACCUCCCUUCGACAUUUACGGACUUCUGUCGCAAAGAUUCUAGACGUACUUAAAGAACACCUCGAGCCGUUUCAUGUACUGCUAACGAACAUGGUAGGAGAUCCUACCCAUCGGGUUGAUACAGCGUCUCAGACUGCUGAUCUGAAGUUCAUUGUUCGAAAUUUGGAGGCCCUUCAAAGAAAACUUGCUGGCCUGAUCGAAGAGUGGAGCGGGAUGCUUAACUUCAAUUCGACCAGCAUCAGUAAAGAGGACGAAGCGACUUUUAUUAGCUUGACGCGAGCGAAUGACAUGAUUUGCACCCUCCUCAAUAAGUAUCUGCGUGCUUAUGAUGAGAUUUUACCUUGUUCAUCCAGAAUUCAUCAGCGCGACUUUAGUAAGUACUAA